GUUAGGAGUGGAGUGCUAGCGCACCUGCUUGCAAUGUCAUGGUCCUGUGGCGCGCUUGGCAGGUGCUUUGGCUCUGGCUUCCUGGCAUUGCCCUCCGCCCGCUGGAUUGUGAGGGCGAGGAGGAGGGCGUGCGCUGGGAGGUGCUGCGCUCGGACCUGUCCCACGCGCUGUCGGAGGUGCUCCACAAUGGCGCGCUGUCUCGAGACCUCCAUGCCUCCAAGGACUCCAAGGGGCGGGACCCGGCCGUGUCCUACGGGGAUGUGCAGCUGCAACGGCACCUGGAGCGCUUCCAGAAGCUCGUCCUAGUGCUGCCUGAGCGGAGCCAAUGUGCACUGGGCAGGCACUGUUUGCGGGUCUUGGUCUCGGUGCUGUACUCGGGCCUCGGCUGGGACCUGUGGUUCCAGCGCUACGAGGAUGACUUGUGGGGCCUUGUGCACGGCACCAACUGGACAGAGGCCUUGGCUGCUGGGUGGCCGAUUUUUGAGGUGCUCGCGCUGGUGGCAGACCUCUACGGAGGGGAGCAGCUUCCUGCAGACUGCCGGCCAAUCGAGUCCGAGUUGGGCCGCCUGGCGGCCCUGGUGGGCGCCAAAGACGCGACCGACGAGAUCACGAGCGUGGCUGGAAGUUUGCUGCGGCAGCCCUGCCCCCUGGCACGCGCCGCAGCCUUCGCCGCGCUGGCGGCGGUAGGCCGCAACGAGCGGAACCAGCCGCUGCCACCAGCGCCAGGCGUAGACGUGGGGCUCUUGGCCCAGACCCAGGCAGCAGCGCGCCUGGCAGCUGGCCGCCGCGGGGCUGGGCCCAAGGCCAUUUUCGCUCCUCCAAUGCCCUCCUUGCUGCUGCACCUGGAUGAUGCCCAGAAGAGGUUGCACCGAGCAUGGAUGAAGCGAGGCCGCGUGGACAUCAUCUACUGCGGACCGCUGGCCAUCGAAGAAGAGCUGCAAGAUUUGUGCAGUGGUAUCCAAGGCUUGUGCAAACUCCACUUCCACCAGAGCGAUUGGCAAAGUCCGUCGCCAUGCUUUGCGUACUACCGGUCUGCUGGGUUCGCCAUCGCUGCUGCUGCCUCUGGCGCAUCAGCUGCAUCAUGGAGCACUUUGCUGGUGAGCCCGGGCACUUGGACCUGGGAGGAGUACCUGUCGCAGGACCUACGGCGACUCUUGCAGGAGCGAAACCGCUUUGCGCGGGAAAUUGCGGUAGCUGGGCUGCCUACUCUCAACAGGUCCAGGAUCUUCAACUGGCCCCUGCGCCGGGUCAGGCACAGGUACUGGAAGUUAGCCUAUGAAGAGUACGCCACCGGCCACGAGACCUCGCCCUUCCUGCCGCUGGCACAGUUCUGGGCUGUGGGGGACACCACCAGCGGCACCCGGGUCUAUGGCACUCGCAGCUUCCUCCGUUUGCUCGCCCGCCUGUCGCGGCGGGAAACGGACUACGUGUCGGCCUUGCCUGGCAUGGAGGAUGCAGGCAGAGCUGCCAUCGAGGCCACCUUAGCCACUGAGGAUGAGGGUGCGGCAAACUGGCUGGUUAUGCUGGAUUUGCUUGGCAAAGAGCUGGGCCUGCAAGCGUACACCUACCUGAAUGGGGCGUCGCUGGAGGACAGCUACCAAUCAGCAGCUCGCCUGUCUCCGCGCCUCUCCCGCACCUUCCACAUCGAGUCGGCACAAUUCUUGCCGCAGCGCCAAGGUCCGCCGCAAGAGCAUUGCCUUUUCCCGACGUCCUCGCUGGCCAGCGCAUUCACUCACACCCACGGCGUGGUUGUGAGUUGGUGUACAAGGCGGGAGCUGCGGCAGAUGUUCUUAGAUGUGGGCGGCUGGUGGUUGAACAUGGACCCGCUGCGUCACAUCAUCGUCCCGGUUUCAGCCAGUGUGUUGAAUCUCUACCGCAGCGGCGAGACCGAGCUGUUCCCCUGGGAUGCGGACAUUGAUGCCAACUUUAUUGCCGCCCACCCGGUGGUGAUUGGCAGCCUACUGGAGGAGCACGAGGAGGAGUUGAAGCAGCUAGGUUACACCUACAUCCUCCGUGGGGACCGCGUGGUGUUCCGGACCUUGGCGGACACGGCCCGCAUGGACAUCUGGCUUUCUGGCCCGCAGGAAGUGAGGGCCUACGACAUUCGCGCUCGGCUUUGUGGAGUGCGGGUGAACUUCUUCCGGGACCAGCUGGCUGGCUCGGUGUGGUACUACCGCCCCGGCGAGAAGAUUUAUGGAAACACCCGCGGCAAGCUGCUUCACUGCCAGUGGAAGGGUCACAACGCUUGCUUGCCGGACUGCCUGCGGAAUGGCCUUGGCGUCGGCCAGGAUGGAUGCGAGUUUCCAGAUCGGUUUGUCCACCUCUACACCUGAGGGCCAGGGGAGGGCCACCUGUGUGAGAGCGGACAAAGGGCA